GACUAGUUUAGGCAGGAGCGGGGCUGAUCUAAGGAUUCAAGCAGGAAUCGAAAAUCAAGUGGUCUCAUAGUAGUACUAAGCUGCUUCGUACCUGGAGAUGCCCCUCUCGAACCAAUGACAACCCCGCAGUGACAGCUCAACCUCGGAAUCAUCAUCCACCGUCUACAAAUCCAAAACAACUACCCAACAUCUCAUAUUACAAUUAAAUCACCUCUGCACUCGUCCAAAAUGACAGAACCGGCCCCCUGGCAUGCCUCCUUCCCAGUCCCCCGCACCUCAGAUCCCCCAGCUCUCCCCCGCGCCACCCUCCUCCAAUGGCUCCAACAAGGCACGAAAGCCCCCGGAACAGAUUCCCUGCUCGUCGACCUCCGCAGGACAGAUCUAGAGGGAGGCACGAUAAGGGGUUCGUUGAAUCUCCCCGCGCAGAGCCUUUACCCGACCUUGUCUACGCUGUAUAGCCUUGUUCGCGCCGCGGGAGUGAAGGAUGUCGUUUUUUACUGUGGGUCUUGUGGUGGUCGUGGCACCCGCGCUGCUGGGUGGUUUGCGGAUUAUCUUGCCGACCAAGGUGCGGAGAGUGAGGUGAAGAGUUGGAAAUUGGAGGGCGGAAUCAAGGGUUGGGUUAAUGAAGGGGAAGAGUAUACGGCUUUGAUGGAUGGGUUUGAUGGAGCUGUUUGGGCGAAGUAGCUAGGUAGCAACUACUCUACGCAAUAUAGAAGAAUGAUAAUGUACUCUAUUUGACCGAGAUAGGUAUUUGUGGGAUCUAGUCGGGACUCGUGAGAAUUUAGCAUACUAAGGAGAUGGCCUUAAUGGAAGCUCUGAGGGCAUCGUUACCCUCGUCCGGAUGGCA